ACAGACAACUGGAUGAAUAAUCAAGAGAGCAAGGUAGACCGAUUUGAUUGGAGCAAUAAUACAGGAACAUCUGGCAUUUGGAUGUGGAGUAAAGUGUUUUACCUUUUAGAUUCUGACGGUAUUAAGUUUGGAGUCUUAUUGAUGGACACCCAAGGAACUCCUGAUCCAUACUCAGCCACAAAUGAAGACGCACUACUUUUUGCAUUUAGCACGUUAAUAAGUUCUGUACAGGACCAAUAAAAAUAAGUUUUACAAUUUGGAUUAUUUUGAUAUAAACCAGUGGAGGGAGAAUCU